GACUCAGAAAACUAACUCCCUUACUGUGAAUUACAAUAGGACUCAGAAAACUGACUCACUUACCGUGAAAUACGAUAGGACUCAAAAAACUGACUCCCUAAGUGUGAAUUACAAUAGGACUCAGAAAACUGACUCCCUAACUGUGAAUUACAAUAGGACUCAGAAAACUAACUCCCUUACUGUGAAUUACAAUAGGACUCAGAAAACUGACUCCCUAACUGUGAAUUACAAUAGGACUCAGAAAACUAACUCCCUUACUGUGAAUUACAAUAGGACUCAGAAAACUGAUUCCCUUACUGUGAAUUACGAUAGGACUCAGAAAACUGACUCCCUAACUGUGAAUUACAAUAGGACUCAGAAAACUGACUCCCUUACUGUGAAUUACAAUAGGACUCAGAAAACUGACUCCCUAACUGUGAAUUAUGAUAGGAUUCAGAAAACUGACUCCCUAACUGUGAAUUAUGAUAGGACUCAGAAAACUGACUCCCUUACUGUGAAUUACAAUAGGACUCAGAAAACUAACUCCCUUACUGUGAAUUACAAUAGGACUCAGAAAACUGACUCCCUAACUGUGAAUUACAAUAGGACUCAGAAAACUAACUCCCUUACUGUGAAUUACAAUAGGACUCAGAAAACUGACUCCCUAACUGUGAAUUACAAUAGGAUUCAGAAAACUAACUCCCUUACUGUGAAUUACAAUAGGACUCAGAAAACUGACUCCCUAACUGUGAAUUACGAUAGGACUCAGAAAACCGACUCCCUAACUGUGAAUUACAAUAGGACUCAGAAAACUGACUCCCUAACUGUGAAUUACAAUAGGACUCAGAAAACUUACUUCCUAACUGUGAAUUACAAUAGGACUCAGAAAACUUACUUCCUAACUGUGAAUUACAAUAGGACUCAGAAAACUAACUCCCUAACUGUGAAUUACAAUAGGACUCAGAAAACUAACUCCCUUACUGUGAAUUACAAUAGGACUCAGAAAACUUACUUCCUAACUGUGAAUUACAAUAGGACUCAGAAAACUAACUCCCUUACUAUGAAUUACAAUAGGACUCAGAAAACUAACUCCCUAACUGUGAAUUACAAUAGGACUCAGAAAACUAACUCCCUUACUGUGAAUUACAAUAGGACUCAGAAAACUGACUCCCUAACUGUGAAUUACAAUAGGACUCAGAAAACUAACUCCCUUACUGUGAAUUACAAUAGGACUCAGAAAACUGACUCCCUAACUGUGAAUUAUGAUAGGACUCAGAAAACUGACUCCCUAACUGUGAAUUACAAUAGGACUCAGAAAACUAACUCCCUUACUGUGAAGUACAAUAGGACUCAGAAAACUGACUCACUUACCGUGAAAUACGAUAGGACUCAGAAAACUGACUCCCUAACUGUGAAUUACAAUAGGACUCAGAAAACUGACUCCCUUACU